UGUGAGCUAACUGUUUCCGGUCACGUGUUCCUUCUCUGCCGAACUCUUUGGCCGCCCCAUGGCCCGGGCGGCGGUGGCGGCGCUGAGAGCUCUUCAAAGUGGGAGCGAGACGGCUUUCGAGCUUAGUGCUGGCCGUCUUUUGAAGUGAACGUGCCUGUGCCUGUUGGGAGGAGCUGGUGGUGAAAGCUCAGACCCUCAGUUUCCCCUACGUGCUCUACAGCCAUCAUGGCAACAUCAUCUGAAGAAGUGUUACUAAUAGUAAAGAAGGUGCGUCAAAAGAAACAGGAUGGUGCUCUUUACCUCAUGGCUGAAAGAAUAGCCUGGGCACCUGAGGGCAAAGACCGGUUCACAGUCAGCCAUAUGUAUGCAGAUAUAAAAUGCCAGAAAAUCAGUCCUGAAGGAAAAGCUAAGAUUCAGCUUCAGUUGGUACUGCAUGCAGGGGACACAACCAACUUCCAUUUCUCUAAUGAAAGUACAGCAGUGAAAGAGAGAGAUGCAGUAAAGGAUCUUCUUCAGCAGUUAUUACCCAAGUUCAAGAGGAAAGCUAAUAAAGAACUUGAGGAAAAAAACAGAAUGCUGCAAGAAGAUCCUGUUUUGUUUCAACUUUAUAAAGACCUUGUUGUGAGCCAGGUGAUCAGUGCUGAGGAAUUCUGGGCCAACCGCUUAAGCAUGAAUGCUAUGGAUAAUUCUACAGCGUCUAAUAAGCAGGAUGUGGGCAUCUCUGCAGCUUUUCUGGCUGAUGUACGACCUCAAACAGAUGGAUGUAAUGGCCUAAGGUAUAAUUUGACUUCAGAUAUCAUUGAAUCUAUAUUUAGAACUUACCCUGCAGUAAAACUGAAAUAUGCAGAAAAUGUUCCUCACAAUAUGACAGAGAAAGAAUUCUGGACACGAUUCUUCCAGUCUCACUAUUUCCACAGGGAUAGAUUGAAUGCAGGAUCAAAAGAUCUUUUUGCAGAAUGUGCCAAAAUGGAUGAAAAGGGGUUAAAAACAAUGGUGUCUCAAGGUGUGAAAAAUCCUUUAUUAGAUUUAACAGCCUUGGAAGAUAAAUCGUUGGAUGAAGGGUAUGGUGUUUCCUUGGCACCUUCCACAUCCAAUUCUGCAAAAUCAAUAAGGGAAAGUAGCAAUGCUGCCAUUAUAAAGCGCUUUAACCAUCACAGUGCCAUGGUCCUUGCAGCUGGGCUCAGAAAACAAGAAGCACAGAAUGAUCACUACAGUGAGGCCAGCAGUAUGGACGGAAACUCCAGGGAUUCAGAUUUCUUUCAACCACCAGUAAAAAGGGUAAAGCUGCAAGAAUCCAUUGAGUAUGAAGAUUUAGAAAAUAGCAACAGCAUUAAAACUAUUGCACUAAACCUAAAGAAAUCGGAUAGGUAUUAUCAUGGUCCAACACCAAUUCAGUCACAGCAAUAUGCAACUAGCCAAGAUAUUAUUAAUUCUUUGUAUAGUAUUAGAGAAGAAAUGGAAGUUUAUGAAUCCAAACUAACUCAGGUUAUCUCAAGCGGUGCUGCAAGUAGUACUAUCACAGCCCUUUCACCUGGAGGAGCACUUAUGCAGGGUGGAACACAGCAAGUCAUAAAUGAUGUUCAGUCUGAGUUGAAACACCUGUAUGUGGCAGUAGGCGAGCUGUUACGACACUUCUGGUCCUGCUUUCCUGUUAACACACCAUUCCUAGAAGAGAAGGUUGUGAAAAUGAGGAGUAAUUUAGAAAGAUUUCAAGUUACUAAACUGUGCCCAUUCCAAGACAAAAUUCGAAGACAGUAUUGGAGUACAAAUCUGAUAAAUCAUAUAGAAGAAAUGCUACAAACAGCCUACAAUAAAUUCCACACCUGGCAGUCCCGACGUAUGUUGAAGAAAACGUGAAGGCUAAGCGAUGUCAGUUUGAGUGGGAAGAGUUUGCAAUAGCUGUAGGAACUCAGCUAUCCAACUGGUAGAGCUUACAGACAUUGCUGGAAAUUCAGCAUUGUACAGACUCUUGAAAAUGAUGCUAACUGAACUUGCACACUUUUGGGGAAGAAACGAGAUCAAACUUGAAAACUAGGGAGUUUAAAGGAACCAAACCGGAAGAGCUAAGUGGCAAAAUAUCUAUCUAUAAAUGUAAAGACACUGUUUACCGCAGUGGCUCAGGAACUGCUUUUGAUUUUCAUAAAGAGCUGCUUUCAGAAAUAAAAACUUUAAAAGGGGUGUAUUAAUAAAAUCCAAUAUUUGUCUAGUUUUUUUAAAAGUGUAUGAUACAGGGUAGAACUUAAAUAUUUCUUUCUUCACUGUAUCCUGGCAUUAUAUUGAGUUCUGUUUGUAUUUCUAAAAACAGGUUUAAAUUUUUAAAUAUAGCUGAAAGGCUGUUUUGCUUCAAAUUCCUAAUGAGCUUGGAUUCUAGAAGAUUUUUUUUGCCGUGUUUCACUACAGAUCAACAGCCAAUGCACUGCAGAAAGUUUGGUGUUCAAAGGAGAUGCACUUGUCAGGAAAAGUGCAGAAUUAUAUGCAGGAUUUUUACCAACCAUCGUUUACAUGUUUUCUUUUUAGUAUAAGAGUGUGCUACUGCAGUGGUGGGGGUUUUUUGUUUGGGGUUUUUUGGAAGCCUGACCUUUGUUUGGAGGUGAGAAUUCAUUUUUAAAGUGAGUUUAAAGAAGCUUACAGAAGUAAUAACUUUUAUACUUUUGAGAAAAAAACGUCUUUAAUGUGCUUUUCUCAGUUCUCUCCUGAUGACUGUUAGCGCUAUAUUUGGCGACUAGAUAAUCACUUGAAGAGUGAAUAUAUUUGGAAUCUGUACAACAUUAUGGUCCAAAUCGAAGGCAUUUCACUCUUACCUAAGAUGUACCUGCCAUGUAUUAAAUACUUGACUUAUUAAAACAAAGUAAACUUGUUUUAUAUAGUUCAUGGAGUCAGACUCCUUAUAUUUUGUUGUCUUAAUGUCUUCCUCAUUAGCACUCUAUUCUAGGACCAAGCAAAUGAUUUGAUAAUGUGUGUGAUGAGACCUAUUGAGACAUCUUAUGACUUCAUAAACCAUGGGUUUUAGUGGCAUGUGUUGAAAUUCAUUAGAAAGGUAGAAACUGUAUCCUAUUUUCAGAACAGUUGAUGCCCAGAAAAGAUUAUUCAUUUUACUGAUUUACCGUGUAUCGGUUAAGGGAUUACUUCCCAUCUUGAGUGUCUUCAUACAUUAGCACUGGACAGUUGAAAAGCCACAAAAAAUUCUCCUCGUGUAAGAGUAUGUACCUAUUUACAUGCUCGGAGAAUGUUCUCCAGUGAACUGCACCAACCAGAACUGUAAGCAGAUCAUUAUAUCUAUACUGAAAUACCAUGCAGUAGAUUUAAGAAAUUAUUCUUGAACUUGCCACUGCUUGCCUUUUCAGAGAGGCUGCAUGUUUUGUAACACAUAAUUCUGCUACAAAUGGGAAAAAAUUCUCUUUCUUUGGACUCGGUAAACUUAAAAGUGAUAUUUCAAAAGCUGGAAUUAAUCAUGAAUAAUAAAAGCUGGUGCUGCUGUGGUAAUAUCAACUUAUUAAAAUAUGGCUCUGAUAAUAUGUAAUUACUUGUCUCUUUGGGUGAGCUACUCAAGUAAGCGUAGUUCUGAUGGCCUUGUCGGUAUAAGAGUGUACUUGAGACUGCAAACUAAAACACCUUUUUGGAUUGAGACAUGUUUUGAUCAGGCUUGAGUAUUGGGUUCAUGUGCACACAUUCUACUUAAUCCUGUAGCUGUGAAGGCAUAAAGUGUGUAUUUGCACUGACAUUUCUGAGCAAUAAUUAGCUGAUAAGAACUAUAAAGGUGGGUUUAAUCAAAACUGUUGUUCAGGCAGAUAACUAGAUGGACAGUCAUUUGACCAAAAAAAAAAAAAUCUGUUUCCUUCCUGGUAUUUUAAAACGUUCAUAGAUAUGCCAGGCUUUAGAACAAAAAGCCCCCUCUGGUUGCAGAAAUAUCUCUAAACAGAGCUUAAUCGCUUUGGAUAUUUUUCAGUUUUUUGACUAAGUACCAUGAGUCGCCUACCAGAAGAUGGCAAUAGUAACUAUCAUGCAUACUUCACUUGGAUAGCUCUUCCCUGCUCUUUGCUGUUUGACCUUUGCUGAUUCCAGUACUUUUUAAGCAUGGUCCAAAACUGAUGAGUGACUUAAAACAUUAACUGUGAAUUGUUUUUUUGCUAACCAUACAUUCAUUGGAAUCUGAAGAUAAAACUUGUAUUUAAUGGAAACUCAUGCAACUUGUAUCACUGGCAUUGAUCAAAAACUGUAGAAUAAAUCUGAAUUCU